CCAGCCAUCCCAAUAUUUCGAGGGAGUUUGAACUUUUGAGUGUCCGGAUGGGAUAACCAGUCAACCGAGAAAUUCACGUCAUUUUAAGGAAAGAGAAAAGAAAAUUCUCAGAGACUAGAGAACGAGGGAGAGUGAGGGGGCUGGAGGGAGACGACAUUGAUGGGCGUAUGACUUAGGGUUUCCGAUAACUUGCAGUGAAACGUUCCUGUUCGUCCAUGGCCUCUAAGCUGUUCCAUUUCUGUGUUCUUCUGUGCUUUCUCGCUCGGCUUCACGCCUCUCUCUCUGCUUCUGAAGAGGUUGCAUUGCUGCAAUCAGUUCCUGAUCUUGAGAAUGCAAUGUACAUUGUUGUUGAUGGAUUCCCUUGUGUGCGACUUCUUAACCUAUCUGGGGAGAUUGGUUGUUCAAAUCCUGGCCGUGAUAAGGUUGUUGCUCCAAUUGUAAGAUUGAAGAAUGCUGAUAAGUUGUCUCAAUUAUCGGCAAUAUUGGUGUCAUUAAAUGAAUUUGACAGUUUCCUUGCUAGAGUAUCAAACGAUUCCAAUUUUGCUAGACGCAUAGGUGGUGUUUUAGUUGAAUCAGAGAGUGAAAUCAAAAAUGGGUUGAAAGGAUUUUCUCCAGAUCAAAAGUUUCCACAAGCUGAAUUCUCUCCUUAUCGAAGCAUCAAUUAUCAAUGGAACCCAAUUGGAUCUGGUAGGAUGUGGAAGAAUUACAAUUUCCCUAUAUUCCUUCUUUCUGAAAGUAGCACGUCGAUCCUGAAGGAGGCUGCCAUAAAGAAUGAAGACCACCAAAAUGUUUAUACUGCAAAUGUUGCUGAAUUUGAUCUGGUGAUGCAGACAACAAAAGCACGAACUCUUGAUUCAGAAUCCUGUUUGAAGGGAGAGACUUGCCUUCCUUUAGGUGGAUACAGUGUGUGGUCGGCACUUCCACCAAUUCAAGAUUUGUCUUCUGAAUCAUCCAAGCGUAUCAUAUUAGCAACUGCAUCCAUGGAUUCUGCUUCUUUCUUCCGUGACAAAAGUCUUGGUGCAGAUUCUCCUAUAUCUGGACUGAUCUCAUUGCUGGCGGCAGUUGAUGCACUCUCUCAUGCUGAGGGUUCCCACAGUCUUGAUAAACAGCUUGUUUUUGCAAUUUUCACUGGAGAGGCUUGGGGUUACCUUGGCAGCCGAAGAUUCCUACUUGAACUUGAUCAACAUUCAGACGCUGUUAAUGGGCUUAACAACUCGUUGAUUGACACGAUUGUGGAAAUUGGAUCUGUUGGAAAGGGCUUUAGUCAGGGCAUCAAGAGGUUGUUUGCACAUACCACACGGGCUUCCACUGCCACAAAUGAAACAUUGAAUGCUUUACAGCUUGCUCAAGAUUCAUUUCAAUCUAGUGGGAUUGAGGUCUUGUCAGCAAAUGCAUCAAAUCCUGGCAUACCUCCAUCAUCAUUGAUGGCUUUUUUGAAGAAGAACCCUGAGGCUUCUGGUGUUGUCUUGGAAGAUUUUGAUACUGUCUUCACUAACCAAUUCUACCAUAGCCAUCUUGAUGGUUUGUCAAACAUCAACUCCUCAGCCAUAGUGGCUGCUGCUUCUCUUGUUGCCCGCACUCUUUACAUUCUUGCCAGUGAAAAAAAGCAUUUUACUACUGCAGCUCUAAAUGCUAUCAAUGUGAAUUCAUCUCUGGUCGAAGAACUUGUGGGUUGUCUAUUGACCUGUGAACCGGGUUUAUCAUGUGGGCUUGUGAAGCACUAUAUUUUGCCCUCCACCGCCUGCCCAAACCAUUAUGUUGGUGUCCUACUGGGGGAACCUUCAUCCACACCAUAUCUGGGAUACAUUGGUGAUGUUCCACGAUUUUUGUGGAACUUUCUGGCUGAAAAAACAUCAAUUCCUGCAGAUAGUGCAGGUUCUGCUUGCCCGAACAACUGCACUAAUACUGGUCAACUGUGCAUUAGACCAGAGACUGAUGGAAAGGGAGUUUGUGUUGUCUCCACAACCAGGUAUGUGCCAGCAUAUUCAACCCGGUUGAAGUAUGAAUCAGAAAGUUGGAAGGUCUUGGCCCCCAAUUCUUCUGAUUCCAUCGGUAUGGUUGACCCUGUUUGGACAGAGAGCAAUUGGGACGUGAUUAGGCUGCGGUUGUAUACUAAACAGGAUUCGUCUUAUGACUGGAUAGUUCUGCUUGCGGGCUUUAGUGUCACAGUAUUGGCUUACCUUGCUAUAGUAAUCACCAGAGCCCUCAUCAAUAAGGCCCUGAAGAUGGAUUGACAUCUACUUGCGUUAGUCUUCACCCAAGUUGGCUGAAGUGUGAUCCAAAAGUUAAAAAGACUUGUGGUACCCGUCUGAUGUUGCCAUUCUGGGUAAGUUUUUUAGAAAUAUACCCAUACAAAAGUACAAGGGAAUACAGGGCUAGUGGGAGCGAACAUCAAUUGGCCAGUAGUUUUGGUAGAAGAAAAGCUCUUGACAUUUUGAUUCAUGCAGACAUUUAACACUGUUUGCAUGGCAUUAAUGUCAUGCAUUAUUAUUGUAGUUUAUCUUCGUUUGCUUUAUGGAAAAAUAUCGCAAAUUGUGUUUUUUUUUUUUUUCAGUUUGUUUUGCUUGGACUUUAGAAGGUGGGGGGUGGGUUAUGCAUGAUAUGGUCUUGUAAGGGUAAAAGACUUGCAAGUCUUGGUGAAACUGGUUUGUAACUAAGGCUCCAGAUCCACUCUUGUGAAGACGACAUCUUUACUGUCUGGCUGCUGACAAAGGUCGUCGCCAGUGUUGUGUUGUCACAGCACAGAUGUUUACCAUGAGUGUAGUGAUGCGCCCACUAUUCACAUAUUUGCAAUUCAAAGAUAUGAAUGACCCAUCAAAAUCAAGGGCGAUCAAUGUAUGCUCAAUAAUUUAUUGACUUGGAUUUGGUUGGGUUUUGCUUCUGAAGUAAUUAAUUGUAUCAAAUUCAAUCAGAAUUUUCUUUUAA